AUUAGGGGAAACAGGAAGUUACAAAGGAAACAAGUCAUUGCCUAGGCGUCACUUUUGGCUACGGUGCGGUGCAGAUGCACGAGCAGUUGGGGCAGGGUUUCUUUUGUGUGUUGAGCGUACAGCAGCUACCACAGUCACUUUCAACUUUAUAGUACACGAAAAGGGGAGAAGUGCAGAGAUGUUUCUGUCAUGCCUGAGAGGGGUCAGAAGUCAUUAAUGGCUUUGUCAGCACAAAGGAAACAAUCGUUCGGUGAAACUGGCAGCAGAAAAAGUAUGUGUCGAUCAGGCACGGUCACCAGAACGAUGGCCUCGCAGGAGCAGGUCUGGCCAGUCCCAAUGAAGGCAAUUGGAGCACAGAACCUUUUGACAAUGCCUGGAGGAGUGACCAAAUCAGGGUAUCUUCAUAAAAAAGGAGGCACCCAGCUGCAGAUCUUGAAGUGGCCAUUGAGAUUUGUGAUUGUCCACGAGGGAUGUAUUUACUAUUUUAAGAGCAGCACAUCUGCAUCUCCACAGGGUGCUUUUUCUUUGAAUGGUUACAACAGGGUUAUGCGGGCAGUUGAGGAGACGACAUCAAGCAAUGUGUUUCCUUUCAAGUUAGUUCACAUUAGCAAGAAGCACAGGACGUGGUUUUUUUCAGCUUCUUCUGAAGAUGAAAGAAAGAAUUGGAUGCUAUCCUUGAGGAGGGAAAUCGAUCACUACCAUGAGAAGAAAGAAACAGUAACAGAAUGCAGUGACUCUGGUUCUGAUGCAGACAGUUUCUACGGCUCAGUAGAACGUCCCAUUGAUAUCAAGUACUCCCAUCAUUCAGCAGAUAAUGAAGAUUACGACCAGGAGGAAGAGGAUGAGUCUUACUUGCAGCCAGAUACUUCUGACAUAGUAAAAGAUGAUAUGGUCCUGCCCCCAGCCUACCCGCCUCCACCAGUUCCUCAUGUCAGAAAAGCUCCCUACUCAGAGUCAAGGGCAAAUUCCUUUCCUGGGAAAUCUACUGUGCCAGCACCACCACCGCCUCCGAAAAGAAGCUUACCUGAUAUCAAACUAGAAGAUAUCUUAAACGUGAGAGAACCCCAGUGCCGAGCUGAACCUAAUCUAAAGAUCCAACCCUUAUGUCGAAGGCUCAGUGAACAGUUGCCCCCUGUGCCCCCUGUACCCCCUCUACCUCUUCUCAAAAAGACUGUGGGUAUCAAAGAAUCUUCCUCCUUGCCUCCAGAGCCUGUGCCUUUAGUUCAAGUUCUUGCUACUCCAGAAGGGUGUGAGAAGCUAAAAACCUUAAACCUUUCACCACGAACUCCUCCUCCGCUACCGAGCAAUAAACCCAAGCUGUCACAGCUUACUGAAAAACCAGUAGAGCCCAGAGUGCCAAGAGAACACAGUAAACCUGGACUGUUUGUGCCACCACUGCUCCCAAAGCCACCUGUGCCAACCCACCAGCCACCUGGAGUCAAGCCUAGGCCAGAGAAGUCUUCAUGUCCCCAGUUACAGAGAUCACCACCAGAUGGACAGAGUUUUAGAAGCUUCUCAUUUGAAAAACCAGCACUAUCCCCCAAGCCAAAGGAACCUGAUGAUGAUUCUGAUGAUGACUAUGAAAAAGUUGGGCUGCCUGCUUCAAUAUUUCUUAAUACCUCUGAAUCCUUCGAAGUUGAAAGGAUAUUUAAAGCUAGUAGCCCACGGGGACAACCACAGAAUGGAUUGUACUGUAUUAGGAACUCGUCUACCAAGGCUGGAAAGGUGUUGGUUGUGUGGGAUGAAUCUGCAGAAAAAUUGAGGAACUACAGAAUCUUUGAAAAGGAUUGCAAGUUUUACCUGGAUUCAGACAUCAUGUUUUUGAACAUGGGGAGUCUGGUCGAAUACUACAGCACUCAUGUCUUACCUAGUCAUGACAGCCUGAUUCUUCGGUGUCCUUAUGGUUACUCUAAACCAAGGUGACAUGACUGGCAUAAUUCACUGACUUUUAGGACAAACACAUUCUCUACUGCCCUUGAAUGAGAUGUGGACACCUGCCACUGCUGGACAUCCCGUUGUUUGCACACAGAAACUGAGUGUGUUUCAACCACUUACUCACAACUGAAUUGUGCAUAACCUCCAUUGAAUGAACUCUUGGUAAAACCUUAUAAUCCAGAUCAGUGGAUUUCAUGGUCUUUUCUUUUAAAAAGAGCUGAAGUGAUUACGCUGUGAAAGCUGCCCACGAUACUUACACCUUUUAUGAAACUGCUGCUAUUAGUAAUCUCCUUGGAAUGUGGAAGAUGGACAUGAACAAAGAAGUGGUCUGAAUACAACCCAUACAGAAAAGGGAAACUUCUGAAAGCAUACCAGAAUUUGCUUGUGACAGGGAAUACUAAUACUCUGACUUGAAGGUAUUACUCCUUAAGUCAGCACUGGUGCUCAACUGAAGUUUUGUAUUACUUGUAUAGUUGAUGUGUAAAUAAUGAAGACUUCUAUGCAAAUAAUUUGAUUCACUAUAGGUAAAGAUGAUCAGGAAAUGUGGCUGUUGUUUUUUAAGCCACCUCGUACAUAACCACUUCAUACAUAAACCUUCAGAUGACAAUGUCUGCAGUAAUCCAUAUCAAUAGGGUACUAGCCAACUGAUCGAGCUGUGGCAUCCCACAUGUUGCUUUGUGACAUGCACUUCAGGAGGGCAUGGAAUAAUUCUGAUUUGGCUUUCUUGGGAGCCCCAUUGCUUAGUUCUGAACUGGAAGGGUAGGUGCCUCUACUAUUUUUAAUGGGUAUGAGGAAAGAGAAGGGGCUACUUAAUCUCAAAGGGGAAGGGAGGGAGUCUUUUGAUUACCCCAAAUUCUGACUAGCAGUUUUUUCUCACGUUGCUGUAACCAAAGGUUCUUUAAAACAAAACAUGGAACCAUGAGUGUGAUGCUACUACCACUCCAUAAACGUUUGUGGUCAGUCUCUUGGGCUCAGGUUGUCAGCCCACUGCAUUCUGUUCUGUUCUAGGGCAGACACACUGCCCUAGUCUGCUGCUUGUAGAUCACCAAGAAUUUUUCCAUUAUUAAAAUUGCUGUUUGUAGUUGCAUGCAAAUCUGGUUUUAACAUACUAUUAAGUGAUCAGUGAUAGGCAUUACCAGGGUGCUUGUGAUACUCAUUCCCUAGUAUUUUGGGGACAGGUAUCCUAAAACCAAGGGCUUAAUAUUUAUGCCAAAAUUACCCUAUUCCUAAAUUCUAAUAAGAAGAAUAGAUUUAUUUUAAUGGCCUGUUAAGUAACUUUGACUCAAAGUUGUUAUGGCCUCAUACUCUAAUAAUGGUUACAAGACUUGUAAUUCUGUCACUCCUGAAGCAGGAGAAGGAAUGAAGUUUCUGUCAGCCUGAAUCUGUACCCAUAAACUUCACUUUUUCUGUUACCUUUUCCACGUCAGUUUUAGUCUUGUUGCAGUUAGAUGGUCACAGCUUUGAAAACAUCAACAAAACCAUUACAGAAUAAGAAUUUUCUGUUCAUUUUACUGUUCUGUUUACUGAAAACAGUAAACCAGGAGUUAAUCCUUAAGGGAUUUUCCUUAAUGAAGAGAUGCAACAUCAGAACAAAGCAUAGGAAUCAAGGCAGGAAACUCUGCCUCUGCCUUUUUCAAGUGACACAGACAUACGCAUUAUCAGCCUUUUGAUCUCCGUCCCUGCUGUAAUAGGUUUUAUGUGCAUAAAGAAUAUGCAGUAUUUAAAUGUCAGAUUCCGAUGGUAAUAUUGGAUAUUUUGCUUCUAAUUCCUUUUAUUUUAAAGGAGAAUCCCUGUGGUUCACUGCCCUCAUAUGAUCCAUUCUGUAAAGAAGGCUCAGCCAACAAAGCAUUUAAAAACUGGUUUGGGCAUAUCGAUAUAUGGAUAUCAAAGCAAGUUCUAGUUUCUUGAGUUUACACCUACUGCUUAGAGAGUAAAUUUUUCUCUGGGAAUAACUGACUUCCCUGUGUUGUGACAGUCACACUCCCACUAUGUCUGGGGCCCUGUUCAGAUACCUAGUACUUUUUGGCAACCAUAUACUCUUAAGAUUUUUAAACUGUAAAAAUACUCAUGUAAUCCAGUACCUAUAAAACAUAACACUGUCUUUACCUGUGUAAUACAAGAUUUGCAAAUAUGUAAAUUUUUGUGUUAAUAUCCUCGUUUUAUAUAAAUGUAUAUAUUUCUGAAGUGGAUAAACUUUCAAUGCCAGUUCA